UCCCGGGUGCGGUGAGGAUUUCCGGAGAAGAUGGGGAGAAAAAAGAUCCAGAUCCAGCGGAUCACGGACGAGCGCAAUCGGCAGGUGACCUUCACCAAGCGCAAGUUUGGCUUGAUGAAGAAAGCCUACGAGCUGAGCGUCCUCUGUGACUGCGAGAUCGCCCUGAUCAUCUUCAACCACUCAAACAAGCUGUUCCAGUAUGCCAGCACCGACAUGGACAAGGUGCUGCUCAAGUACACCGAGUACAAUGAGCCCCACGAGAGCCGGACCAACGCGGACAUCAUCGAGACAUUAAGAAAGAAAGGUUUUAACGGCUGUGACAGCCCGGAGCCCGACGGCGAUGACUCGAUAGACCAGAGCCCCUUGAUGGAGGAUAAAUACCGUAAAGGCAGCGAGGAUCUGGAUAUCCUGUUCAAGCGAUACGGUUCCACAGUGCCCGCUCCGAACUUCGCCAUGCCCGUGACGGUGCCGGUGACCAACCAAAACACGCUGCAGUUCAGCAACCCGGGCAGUUCGCUAGUGACCCAGUCCCUGGUGACCUCCUCGCUGACGGACCCCCGGCUCCUCUCGCCGCAGCAACCGGCGCUGCAGAGAAACACCGUGUCCCCGGGGCUGCCACAGAGGCCAGCCAGCGCAGGGGCGAUGCUUGGGGGAGAUCUGAACAACACGAACGGAGCCUGCCCGAGCCCCGUGGGAAACGGCUACGUGAGUGCCAGAGCCUCUCCAGGUCUCCUUCCCGUGUCCAACGGCAGCAGCUUGGGCAAGAUCAUCCCAGCCAAGUCCCCGCCACCGCCCUCCCACAGCACGCAGCUCGCCACCAACAGCCGCAAGCCAGAUUUACGUGUGAUCACCUCGCAGAGCGGGAAGGGGCUAAUGCACCAUUUGACGGAGGACCACUUGGCUCUGAAUACGCAGCGGUUAGGUGUCUCCCAAGCAACUCACUCUUUAACCACACCGGUUGUUUCUGUGGCUACUCCGAGUUUGCUGACGCAGGGGCUGCCUUUCUCUGCUAUGCCUACAGCGUACAACACAGAUUAUCAACUGACAAGCGCCGAGUUGUCUUCACUGCCAGCGUUCAGCUCACCUGGUGGGCUGUCCCUCGGCAACAUCUCUGCUUGGCAGCAGCAACAGCAGCAACAGCAGCAGCAGCAGCAGCAGCAGCAACAGCAGCAGCAACAGCAGCAGCAACAGCAGCAACAGCAGCAGCAACAGCACCUGGUUCCUGUAUCACUAGGAAAUUUAAUACAAGGGAGUCACUUGUCCCACACCACCACUUUGACUGUCAACACCAACCCCAACAUCAGCAUCAAGUCGGAACCCGUCUCGCCCAACCGGGAAAGAAACACUGCUACCCCGCUCAGCACCUUCCCCCACCAGCCCCGGCACGAGCCCACCGGCCGCUCGCCCGUCGACAGCCUCAGCAGCAACACCAGCUCCUACGAAGGCAGCAGCGAGCGGGACGAUCCUGCCCGCCCCGAUUUCGGCUCAUCCCUGGGCCUCCUGCGACCCACCAGCGAGCCCGAGGGGGAAAGCCCCUCUGUAAAGCGUAUGCGGUUGGAUACCUGGGUCACAUAACGGGUCCCCGCCGUCCCUGGGAGUGUCGCCGGCUCGC